UUUGUUGUUAGCAACAGCUGUAGUUUUGUUCACUCAGGAUCUUUACUUUUGCACUUUUUAAACCAGUUUUUUAAUAAAUAAGUGUGUAAAACGUGGCCGCGGCGGGGAGCAGUCUUUUUAUUAAAGCCCUGCGUGUGUUUUCUGUGUGUUUUACACUUUAGCUUUAGUCGGUGUUCUCGGAGCGGGAAGUUUGAACCGUUAGCCUCCGUUAGCCGCGAUGCUAACUGUCACUCAAACAUAAAAGUGUCGAGUUUAUAUAAAAGUUUUUUUAUAAAAGUGGAUGUUUUCCUCAAACCCGCGCCGGGGACAGACUCUGUCCGCCUCCCUGUGCUCGGACCCCGGGGACGUGUUGAUCCGAUCCACCAGAGCCGAGCUCCGGGUCCAGAACACCGACCCCCGCGCGGCUCCGAGGCCGGGAACAGCGCCUCCUCCGCCGGACGAUGACGAGCUGCAGACGAUCCGAUUGGCUGCGGGAGGCCGAGGGGCGGGGCUAGAGGCGCUCAGACAAAGGAGUCAGAGCGCCCCCUGCAGGAGGCAGGUCAGAGUCACACUGCUGGACUCUCAUCAUGCACCACGACCGAGCACCAGAGACCAGGACCACAGCCCCCAGAAUGCACCAGGCCCAGACUCCCACUCCCACGAUGCACCAGGCCCAGACUCACACUCCCACGAUGCACCAGGAGCUCAGCAGUGUGCUCUGCUGUUUCAGAUCGACACAAACAAAGUCACAGAGCUCACAGAGUCAGUACAGAGACUACUGCAGCAGUACAGGGGUCAGAGUUUGACUGAGGCUCUUCACAGACUGGAGACUCUGCACCAACAACAGCUCAUCCUGCAGACUCAGUUGUUGGACUCGGCUCUGAAGACAACCACAAGACCUCAGGCUCCGCCCCCUGCACACCUGAGCACAGAGUCCAGAGCUGCUCAGACGUUUCCUGUGACGUCAGCUACAAACAGUUUUCCUGCGGAGUCGACCUCACGGACCAAUCAGAGCACAGAGGAGGCAGCGACGGGAGCCAAUCAGAGCACAGAGGAGGCAGCGACGGGAGCCAAUCAGAGCACAGAGGAGGCAGUGACAGGAGCCAAUCAGGUGCUGCGGGAGGUGGGACGUGUGAGGAGUGAGAUGAAGAGUCUUUUCACGCAGCGAGAGGAACCAGGGGAACCUUCUAGAACAGAACCAGCACAGUCUCCCUCCAAAAAGAACCACCACAGAACCCAACAGAACCUCACAAACACCCACAGAACCCAACAGAACCUCACAAACACCCACAGAACCCAACAGAACCUCACAAACACCCACAGAACCCACCCUCAGCCUGGUCACCCCGUGAGGAACCAGCCCAAAACUACAAUCCCCAAACCAUCCCGACUAAAAAAUGUGAAGGAACGUCAAACUCGGGUCACGAUACCAGAACAUCAGGAGAACGACGUGGAGAAGCACGAGAGCUACAUCCAGAUUUUAGAAGAACGGAUCCGAUCUCACCAGGAACAUCUGAAGAACCAACAGAACCGAAGCACAGCCCCGGAGGAAGAGGAGAGAGACGAAGCACAAACUCAACCACAGCAGCCACAAAACCGGACCAGACCCAGAACCGACGAGACCAGAGCCAAAAACGGAGAAGAACCGAGAGAAGAGGAACGUGACAGCAGGAAGACGGAAACGCUCGGACAAAACGCCGUCUCCUCCAAACGGGACCUGAGCCCGGACUGCGCUUCGGGUUCUGGGGGGAUCCGGGUCAGGACCGCACAGGCUCCUGGGGGGUCUUCGGAGUCCUGAUUCAGUUCUGGA